AUGCCGUCGCAUGAGGAUCGUCAAAACGCUGAUCCAGACUCCCCACCUAUCACGCGAACGAGUUUGGAUUCUGCUGCCGCGCGAAAGCCCUUGAGUUCAAGUGCGUCCAGUCCUGCACCUGCACCAGACGCCCCGCCCAUAAAACAGUACCGAGCCCCUAUCGCGAAGGUGACGGCGCGCCCUCCAAGUUUCCCCAACCAAAUGUCUUCUUCAACCGUCGUCACUCAGUCCUCCGGUUCAAGCAUCAAGCUGGAUGCCUCCUCCGCCAUUGAGGACGAUAACAUGGCCAAGAGCGAUAAGCCAGACGACGAUGCUCAGCCGAACCUGCUCCAGCAAGUCUACGACUGGCUAGAACACGAGAAAUCAAGGCGCAAGGUUAGCAAGGCACGACGAGCCGAGGCAACUGCUAGUCAAGCUUCUGAGGAUGAAGAUCGACCAGUCGAAGGGACCUCAUCUUCUGGAAGUUCUUUCUCACUUGACAAGUUGGAAAAGAUCCUCCUGCAAUAUGGUGAUGUUGAGGCCCCGGUUCCUGGCGUUGAAUCCUUCCUCGACAAUUCGAAAACCCUAGCCUAUCCCUCGAGUAGUGCUGCAGAUGAUGAUAUCGCCGCUGCUGACUCCAAUCCCAAACGCGCCAAAGAUCGGGAGGCCUGGUUAAUCUUUAAGACUGAUAUUCUGCGUCUGACGCAUACGCUUCAAUUAAGAGGCUGGCGUAAAUUGUCUAUGGAUGCGGCCCAGGAUAUGGAGGUCAUCCGACUGAGCGGCGCCUUGACAAACGCUGUCUACGUAGUGAAACCGCCAAAGACUACCCCUGCGUCUAAAACCGAGAACGGCCAUGCCCCUUUGAAAUCGACCAAGCCCCCGCCGAAGCUCUUGCUUCGCGUCUAUGGACCCCAAGUAGACCAUCUGAUCGACCGCGAGAAGGAAUUGCAGAUUCUUCGCCGCCUGGGCCGCCGGAAUAUCGGUCCUCGAGUCCUUGGAACUUUCAAGAACGGCCGAUUUGAAGAAUUUUUCGAAGCCCGCACCCUGACCCCCAAGGACCUGCGGAUACCCGAAACCGCCAAGCAAAUCGCCAAGCGCAUGCGAGAACUUCACGAUGGGAUGGAGCUCCUGGAGGAAGAGCGCGAGGGCGGUCCGGUUGUCUUCAGCAAUUGGGACAAAUGGGUAGACCGCUGCUCGCAGGUGGGUGCGUGGUUGGACAAAGAGGUCACCAUUCCAGUGAGCGACGCCAAAGCCGCCGCAGACCCGUGGCGCAGACGAGGGUACGUCUGCGGUACGCCAUGGAAUCAAUUCCGUAAAACCGUGGAACGGUACAGGGAAUGGAUCAUUGCCAACUACGGUGGGAUGGAUGAAAUCAAGCGCCAGCUUGUUUUCGCCCAUAACGACACCGAAUGGUGCUACAAUUACCAUGACGAGGAAAAGUCCUGGGCAUGCAACACUCGCCUCUACCCCACCCCAGAAGAGCAACGACGCUUCAUCAAGACCUACGUGAACCACCGCCCCGCUUUAGGCGGCGGUGUCAAUUCCCCGCUUGCCACGCCCUCAUUGAGAGCUGGCGGAGGGAGCAGCGUUACUCCAUUCACUCUGGACGACUGCUCAUCUACUUGGCAGCAGGCGGAGAAGGCCGCAGAGGAGGAGGUCGACGCGGAGGUUCGCAAUCUCCUGGGCCAAACCCGGAUGUGGCUCCCACCUGUGGACGUAGACGUCGACGAAGAGGACGGAUUCGACUACCUGGCCUAUGCCCAGGACCGAGCCAUGUUCUUCUGGUCGGACAUUCUUGCGCUUGGGCUCAUUGACCCUGAAGAGCUACCGAAGCCCAUGGUGGAACACCUUCGCACGCGGAUGAUUGAAUACUGA